AUGGGUGCCGGCACAAGCUGUUGCAAAAAGGACGAGAUCGUGGAAGUAAGCAAUGUGAUUCACCAGAACCACCACGAAGAAGUCCCAGAUCCGAUCCCUGAGCUGGGACUGGAGAGCCCCGGGACGGAGGAGGGGAAGUCGGUCGAGCCCUUUGAGGAAUUCCCUCGGGAGUCCUUCGAUCUCACGCAGCUCCAGCCCCGGCUAAGUGUGGAUCCAAUGCUCCUCCGAGGGAUUUCCCUGCGGAAGUCCUUGCGGAAGUUGGGUCGGAUCUGGAUGACCAAGCCCAGCCAGCUGACAGCAACGGAUCACCAAGUUCUCUCGGAAGCAUCUGUCAAGGUGGAUCGCUUCGACGUCUUCAUCUCGCAUACCUGGGAGACCUCUGCAAAGUUGAAAAUAUGGGCAUUGACCUUGCAGACAGGUUGGCGUUGCAUCGUGGUAUCUUGGCUGGUCUUCAAUCUGCUCGCGGCAUUUCUCUCCAUCAAUGCGUUCCUUCCCUAUCUCAACCCUUACUGGUUCACCAAUGCAUAUUGGACCGGUUGGGUGGUGAUAUCUCCAUGGAUGCGCAUCGCUGGGAUUCUGAGCUUCGUCGUCGGCCUGGCCGUGGCCGCUUACUGGCCCAACUGGCCGAGAUCUGACUUGGCCUUCGUGGACGUGGUGAGCAUCGAUCAGGCGGACCCAUCGAUGACGCAAAGGGGGGUUUAUGGCCUGGGAGGUUUCUUGGCGCUCUCUCGAGAACUCAUGGUGCUCUGGAGUCCUCCGCUUUUCACGAGGCUUUGGUGCGUCUUCGAGUUGGCAGCCUUCCGGAAAGCGAACCCGAAUGGAAAGAUCGUACUGGCUCCGCUCUACGUGGAGGUGCUUGUCGGGCUCAUCUUGCUGUGGCUGCUGUUCAUGCAGCUUUUGCACUUCGUGCUCUACAACUUCUUCCCUCUCUCGCAGAUCUUUGUCUUCUUGGGACUCCUUCCCAUACUUCUCUGCAUCCACCAGGCCAGGAAGACCUUCGGAGAGAAGCGCCAGCUUUUGGCGAACCUCCGAAAGUUUGAUCUGAGCCUCGCCUCCUGCAGUAACGACUUCGACCGAAGAUUCAUCUACGCCGGCAUCCGUGCAUGGUAUGGCAGCUAUGAGGCCUUCACGGAGUACGUGAGAGGACCUGUCUUCCUAGAGCUCGUGUCUCCGCUCUUGAGCUUCCAGGUGCCGUUACGAUAUUGGGUCCUGAUCGGUCUCUUCGAGAUGAGUUCACUGCUCGAGUUCACUGUGGCUUUCAUCCGAGGGGGAGCCCCCAUCGAGAUGGUUCUGUCUCAGCUCUUGGCGUCCGUCCUGAGCCAGAUUCUUUGGCGCCUUCUGGCGAUGCAGCUGGUGUUCUUUCUCUGUGAUCGUUGCAGCCUCUCCGGCUUUUGCUGCGUUGACCUCCUGGUCAGCUUCGGGAUUUGGCUGCUGGUCGUGGCGUUCCUGUUUGGAUCCUUUCAGCUAUCAGGCUUCGCGGAAGCAAAUGGCUUGGCGUUCUCCGCUGCGAGCGCUUUGCUGGCCUCGGUCGCGAGCUUCUUGGCCUUUGGCGGUUGCAGCUGCUUGAAGCAGCGCCUGAGCCCAAAAGGGGGUUCCUUCAGACCCAAUGAUUCUCCUGUUCUAGGUGAGAGCCAGGGCCCCAAACGGGGUUCUUCCAAACCCGAUGAUUCUCCUGCUCUGGGCGAGAACCAAGCCUAG